GGCUUUCCUGCCAUUCUGGAGCCCGCUUUCUCGCCUGCCAUUUCCAACUCGAGAUACCGCCACGUCAUCCAUUGUGAUCAUGACGUGUCAUCAUCUGCUGCGUUCGCCGCAGCAUCUUCUCUCACUCUCGCGCCUCUCUCCCGCGCCUUGCAGCGGAUCACACGUCAGCGCAUCCCUCUCAGCCACGUGUCGAGCUGGCAUUGGCAGAUCCCGUCUCUGGAGUGGAACUCCUCUUUUUACUGACGAACGGUCAGAAUUUCCCCAUCGGAGGCAUCGCUGUUCCAUCGUCCGAGCCGCGGCAGCAGCAGGAGGAGAUGAUGACGUGUCUGCCAGCUCAGCUAGCAGCGGCGAUUCUCAACGGCCGCAUUCCGCCAUUCGCGAAAUCCAGCGCCAGCUGGCCAAUGGCGAGCGGACAGCUGUCGGCGUGGCGGAGGAGUAUCUGGAGCGGCUGGAGGCGCAUGAGGGGCAGCUGCGAAGCUUCCUGCACACGGACAGGGAGGCGGUGCUACAGCAGGCGCGGGAAGUUGAUGCUACCCUAGCAUCCCAGUCGGGCAGCGGAGAGAAAACUUUGGGGCUGCUGACCGGAGUGCCAAUCGGGGUGAAGGACAACCUGUGCACACGUGGCAUGCCCUCCACUGCCGCCUCGAAGAUCCUCAAGGGCUACAUGCCGCCAUACGAUGCCACGAGUGUGGCGAGGGUGAAGGCAGAGGGCGCAGUGGUGGUGGGAAAGACCAACAUGGACGAAUUCGGCAUGGGCAGCACCACGGAGGGCUCGGGUUACCAGGUAACUGCUAACCCCUGGGACCUCUCCAGGGUGCCAGGUGGGAGCUCAGGUGGCUCUGCUGCUGCUGUGGCGGCGGGGCAGUGCGCCGUUGCGCUGGGCUCCGACACAGGUGGCAGCGUGCGCCAACCAGCAUCCUUCUGUGGCAUCGUGGGCUUAAAGCCAUCCUACGGCCGCGUCUCCCGCCUCGGCCUCAUGGCGUAUGCGUCCAGCCUGGACUGCGUGGGAGUGCUGGCCCGGUCGGUGGAAGACACGGCGAUAGUGCUGCAAGCGAUGGCUGGGCGGGACGAUGGGGACAGCACCAGUGGCCACGAGCCCAUCCCAGACUACACUGCCGCCCUCCUGCCCCGCGCCUCGCUCGCCUCCAAGCCACUGACAGGUGUCCGCCUCGCAUUGGUCCAGGAGACCAUGGGCGCUGGUGUGGAUGCUGAUGUUGCACUGGCCGUCCGGGCGGCAGCGCGGCACUACGAGACGCUGGGAGCCACUGUCGAGGAGGUGUCCAUGCCCUUCUUUGCCAACGGCCUGCCAGCUUACUACAUCCUCGCCCCCUCUGAAGCAUCCUCCAACCUCUCUCGAUACGACGGCAUCAGGUUCGGGCCGCAGCAUGAUGGCACAGAUCUUACAUCACUCUAUAGCAACACACGAGGACAGGGCUUUGGAAAAGAGGUGAAGCGGCGCAUUCUGAUGGGCACGUAUGCGCUCUCCUCAGGGUACUAUGAUGCGUACUACAAGAAAGCACAGCAGGUGCGCACGAUGAUCCGCAAAGAGUUUGUGGCAGCACUGGAGGGGCAUGACGCUCUGCUCACUCCCACUGCCCCGACCACUGCGUACCGCAUUGGCGAGAAAACAUCUGACCCGCUCGCCAUGUAUGUUGGCGACCUCAUGACGGUCAACGUCAACCUAGCCGGCCUACCAGCCAUCUCUCUCCCCUGUGGUUUGGCUCCCGGCGGCCCUCACGGUUUGCCAAUUGGCCUUCAGAUCAUCGGCGCUCCCUUUGCUGAGGCGGACAUUCUCAAGUAUGCACACGUGUUUGAGCAGACCACUCCUGCAUGGCAGUCAGGACUCGCUAUUGCAUCUCCUGUUACUGCUGCUGCUUCCACAUAGAGAUAGUGAUACUACAAGCGGAGCCACAUCCCGGUAGUUCCUUGCAUGGCUGCAGUAGAAGCGUUUUUAGGAACGCUUGCGAGUGAUGCAGGGUAUGCAAGAUACCACUAUGUUUAUGUGCAAUUGCAUUAAGCAUUGGCCUCUAGUUAAGUUAAAAAAUAUACUCUUCAGAGGAUGUUUUGAUCAACUAUGAA